AUGAACCCUGAGUAUCUACUCACACGCUUUUGGGAGGUGGAGGAAAUCCCAAAGGAUUCCAUAAUUACAACCUCAGACAAGUUUUGUGAGGAAAAUUACGAAAAAACUACCCGACGUAGUUCUGAUGGGCGCUAUGUCGUAACUCUACCAUUCAAAGAACCCACAAAUAUUGAUAUUGGACAAUCUAGACACAUAGCAUUAGCUCAGUUCCUCAGAAAUGAAAAGUCUUUACUCAAAAGACCCGAUGUAAAGGCCGAAUACGAUAAAACAAUUAUGGAAUAUUUGGAACUUGGACACAUGAAGAGAGUCAAAAAUGGAUCCACGGAUAAAGCGACGCAAUAUUACUUACCACAUCAUGCAGUCAUUAAACCCGACCGUAUAACCACGAAACUGCGUGUGGUAUUUAAUGCAUCUUGCCCCACGUCAAAUCAUAAAAGUUUAAAUGACAUCUUACAUAUCGGACCCACUUUACAAAAGGACCUAGUCAUUCUAAUUACGAACUGGAGACUCUUCCAAUUCGUUUUCAAUGCGGACAUUCAAAAAAUGUACCGGCAAAUAUUGGUGGACCCUAAUCACACUCAGUUCCAAAGGAUCCUCUUCAGAAAAACCCCAGAAGACACUAUUGAGGACUUCGAACUACAAACGGUUACAUUCGGUAUAAACUGCGCACCAUACUUAGCAAUCCGAACCCUCAUAAAGUUAGCCGAUGAUGUUCAAAAAACUCACCCAUUAGCAGCAAAAAUUCUGCGUCAGGAAAUGUAUGUGGACGACGUUUUAGCAGGAACCCACGACAUAACCACCGCAAAAUCUGCACGUGAUGAACUUAUUUCUGCUCUAGAAUUCCCAGGAUUCACUUUGAGAAAAUGGACAUCAAAUCACGCACACAUUCUAAAAGGACUUCCACCCGAUCAUCUCUUAGACACUGAAACCCUCAACCUCUCGGAACCACAAAACACGAAAACCCUAGGCAUUCGAUGGAAUUCAAAAAAGGAUAUAUUUUUCUUUCUCGUCGACCCAAUGGAGAAAAGACCCGCAUAUACUAAACGUGAAGUUUUAUCAGCCAUAGCAAAAUUAUUUGACCCAGCUGGUUGGCUUAGUCCAAUUAUAAUAUCGGCAAAAAUAAUUAUGCAACAAAUAUGGCUUGAUAAAACUGACUGGGAUGAAAGUUUAAAGCCACUUACCCUUCAUCGAUGGAAUAGCUUCGUGAAAGAAUUUGAAAAUAUAAAUCAAAUCGAAAUACCUCGUUGGACUCACUUCUCUCCAUCAGCAAUAAUCGAAUUUCACGGUUUCUCCGAUGCUUCAGAGAAAGCAUACGCUGCAACACUCUUUAUACGAGUCUUAAUUGGUGACAAAAUAUGGACAACUCUCUUAGUAUCAAAAACUAGAGUUGCUCCUAUUAAAACCCUAUCUCUACCCAGAUUGGAACUCUGCGGAGCUGUCCUACUAGCUAAUCUUACUAACUCUACUCUAACCCAAUUAAAUGUAACCCAAUAUAAAAAAUAUUUCUGGACAGACUCCACAAUAGUUCUAGCUUGGUUAAGCAAACCACCCUGUUCUUGGACCACUUUCGUUUCUCACCGAGUCGCUGCGAUAAUCGAAAAAGUCGGAGUCGAAAAUUGGCACCAUGUUGAGAGUCAAGACAAUCCCGCAGACUUGGCAAGUCGAGGAUGCACACCCACGGAACUUCUGAAUUGCAAACUUUGGUGGCAAGGACCCGAAUGGCUACAACGAGGAAAAGAUGAAUUUCCAAUAACUGAUUCUAAUUCCUAUAACACUACCCUUGAGAAUAAACCAGUUAAGACAGAAAUGGCACCAACCACCAUUAAAACAUUAAACGCUCGUCGAAAUAGCCUCACGUCCACCAUACGGUCCCAUAGUGUAACCCGUAGCAUUACACCAACGCCUGAAAAUGAAACAAUGUCGCGACGCAUUCGACGUUUCCAAACAACUCUACCCACUAUUCGAGAAGAAAAUGAAAAUUAUCACCACAAGACCCGUAAAACUAUAACCCACAGAGGAAUUACUCAUCGUCACGUUGCUUGCGGAUUAUGUAAAAAGGAUCAUCGGUUAGCCACUUGUACCAUGUACUUGUCGCCAGGUCCCACAAGACAGAAGAAUGCACAAGUAAGAACCGAUGUUCCACUUGCAAUGGCAAGCACCACACAUCCCUACAUGGACACCCCAGAUUAUACACGGAAAAUGAAGGAAAAAUAG